AAAAUCCAUGUAUAACUUCACAGUGGGCUCUCCGUAUCCGUAGUUAUGCAUCCCGGGAUUGCACCACUGACAGAAUGAGUAGUACUGCAGCUCAUAUCUAGUGAAACAAAUCCCAUAUAAGUGGAGUUGCGCAUCCAGCCCUGCGUUGCUCAGUGGUCAGCUGUACACGGAAUCAUACACGAUGUGGCCUUUUGCCCCUGGCUUCUUCCACGGAACGUGUUUUCAAAGGUUAACAUCCAGCUGUAGCAUGUGGCCGUACUUCUGAGUCGUUUUUCACACGGCAUUUACUACUUGAUCAUACAGUCUCUUACUGUUGGUUUGUCAUCAUCUUUCCCCCUGGAAUGGAAGCUUCCCGAGGGCCGGGGUUCUGCUCCUAGUCUAUUCCCAGCCUCUGGAGGUGCCGGGAACCUAGUGAGUCCCAUGCCUCCAGCAGCACUUCCUUCCACCUUCUCCAUCUGCAGUGACAUCUCUGCCACCUCCCAAACCCCACGCGUGGACGAGUUUCCCAUCUGUCUUCCACCAGCUCCCGGGAGGUCCUCAGUUCCCAGAGCUCUCACACAGGAGGCCCCAGCAUGACCCAUUCUCUCCCUUGUAUUUCGGCUCCUCUCCGUGCCUCAGCUUCCUCAUCUGUAAAAUGGGAACAAGAGAACCUUCCUCAAGGCUUCAUGAGGACUGAAUAAGUUAACGUGCGUCACACCACUACAGCAGCACCUGGCACACAGCAAGUGCUUUCUUACCACAGGUUUGUCAGAAGGCGUUGGUCUGCACACUGUUGAAAGACAGGCUGUCAUUCCAGAUGCCAGGGCUGGUGCUGUGUGACUUCAGGCCAGGGGCUCAGCCUCUCUGUCCCUCGGGUUCCUCUUCAGUAACGUGGGGAUGCCUGCUCCCUAAGGCGGGCGAAAGGACCGAAUGAGCUAACACGUGUAACACGGAACAACGCCUGCAAGCGUAGCCGUUAGGACCAUUCGUUCGCUCUAAGAAGGCGCACGCACAGCGGCCUCAAACUAUCCCCAAGUCUGCGGCGGGGAACCUGGCUCCCUGUGCCAGGCCCCGCCCAGAAGCCCCGCCCAGUCCCGCCCCCUGCACCAAGAUCCGCCCCAUGCCGCCUCGGCCCGCCUCUCCCAGGAGGACUUUUGUCCACGUCCGGCCGCCGUCCGGCUGCGCGCUCCACUUCCGCCUUCGCCCACGUGGUCCGGCUCAGUCUCAGUCCGCGGCUCCUUUGCCCCCCAUGGCAGGGAACGGGGAGGCCCCCAUGCCCGUGGGGACCAAGAAGGAGCAGGACAAGAAGGCCCGGAGUGGCUGGCAGGGCGCAGCCAGAAUCUGGGAGGAAACAGAGCAGCAGGCGAAAAAGCUCAAGAGCAGCGAGGAUGGGGAGCAGCUCAGGAAGCUGCCCAAGCGCAAGGUUGUGUUGCUCAUGGCCUAUUCCGGGAAGGGCUACCACGGCAUGCAGAGAAAUGUCGGGUCCUCGAAAUUCAAGACCAUCGAAGAUGACCUGGUGUCCGCCCUGGUCCAGUCGGGAUGUAUUCCUGAGAAUCAUGGGGAGGACAUGCGGAAGAUGUCCUUCCAGCGCUGUGCCCGGACAGACAAGGGCGUGUCCGCGGCAGGCCAGGUCGUGUCCCUGAAGGUGUGGCUGAUUGACGACCUUUUAGAAAAGAUCAACAGCCACCUUCCAUCUCACAUUCGGAUACUGGGACUGAAGAGGGUCACGGGCGGCUUCAACUCCAAGAACAAGUGCGACGCCAGGACCUACUUCUACAUGCUGCCCACAUUCGCCUUUGCCCACAAGGACCACGACGUGCAGGACGAGACGUACCGGCUGAGCGCAGACACACUGGGGCGUGUGAACCGGCUCCUGGCCUGCUACAGGGGCACCCACAACUUCCACAACUUCACCUCGCAGAAGGGGCCCCGCGAGCCCAGCGCCCGGCGCUACAUCCUCGACAUGUUCUGUGAGGAGCCCUUCGUGCGGGAGGGCAUGGAGUUUGCGGUGAUCAAGGUCAAGGGCCAGAGCUUCAUGACGCACCAGAUCAGGAAGAUGGUGGGGCUGGUGGUGGCCAUCGUCAAGGGCUACGCACCCGAGAACGUGCUGGAGCGCUGCUGGGGGGAGGCCAAGGUGGACGUGCCCAAGGCGCCAGGGCUUGGCCUGGUUCUGGAGCGGGUGCACUUCGAGAAGUACAACCAGCGUUUCGGCCACGAUGGGCUGCACGAGCCGCUGGACUGGGCGAGGGAGGAGGCGGAGGUCAUGGCCUUCAAGGAGCAGCACAUCUACCCCACGAUCAUCAACACUGAGCGCCACGAGAGGUCCAUGGCCCAGUGGCUGAGCACCCUGCCCGUGCACGACUUCAGUGCCACCGCCCACGCAGCUGCCAGCCUGGGCACCAAGGUCCACAGCCCCCUGGAAGGCAGUGAUGGGGACGGGGACAGUGACUGAGUUGGCUUGCGACACGAGCUCCAGGACCUGUCUGCCUGCUGCUGGCUGCGUGCCUUGCCCACACCAGGACAGCCUCCGUGCAGCCUCUACAUCUCAGGAUCCUGAGACCUGCAUCAGUCUGAGUUUCCAUCCCAGGGAGAACCUGCUGCGAAUCUAUUUUCACCUCUCGCGUUGACUACACACCACUCAGCAUGUAAAGACACUAUUUUUUUAAAGAAGCGAUUUUCUUAUUAAAUAAGUACAAACUUUGC